AAAAAAAAAAAAAGGCUCGGUCCCCCCUGCUCUCCGCACCGCGAGAAAAUGGUGUUCUUUACAUGAAUCAUAAUAAAAUAGCCUCUAAACAGUUUCCGAGCAGGAGCCUCAGUGGGACUCAGCGCUCCGCUCCUCCCAGUUCCUAAGAGGUCCCGGGAUUCUUGAGCUGUGCCCAGCUGACGAGCUUUUGAAGAUGGCACAAUAACUGUCCAGUGAUGCCUGACCAUGACAGCACAGCCCUCUUAAGCCGGCAAACCAAGAGGAGAAGAGUUGACAUUGGAGUGAAAAGGACGGUAGGGACAGCAUCUGCAUUUUUUGCUAAGGCAAGAGCAACGUUUUUUAGUGCCAUGAAUCCCCAAGGUUCCGAGCAGGAUGUUGAGUAUUCAGUGGUGCAGCAUGCAGAUGGGGAGAAGUCAAACGUACUCCGCAAGCUGCUGAAGAGGGCGAACUCGUAUGAAGAUGCCAUGAUGCCUUUUCCAGGAGCAACCAUAAUUUCCCAGCUGUUGAAAAAUAACAUGAACAAAAAUGGUGGCACGGAGCCCAGUUUCCAAGCCAGCGGUCUCUCUAGUACAGGCUCCGAAGUACAUCAGGAGGAUAUAUGCAGCAACUCUUCAAGAGACAGCCCCCCAGAGUGUCUUUCCCCUUUUGGCAGGCCUACUAUGAGCCAGUUUGAUAUGGAUCGCUUAUGUGAUGAGCACCUGAGAGCAAAGCGCGCCCGGGUUGAGAAUAUCAUUCGGGGUAUGAGCCAUUCCCCCAGCGUGGCGUUAAGGGGCAAUGAAAAUGAAAGAGAGAUGGCCCCGCAGUCUGUGAGUCCCCGAGAAAGUUACAGAGAAAACAAACGCAAGCAAAAGCUGCCCCAGCAGCAGCAACAGAGUUUCCAGCAGCUGGUUUCAGCCCGAAAGGAACAGAAGCGAGAGGAGCGCCGACAGCUGAAGCAGCAGCUGGAGGACAUGCAGAAACAGCUGCGCCAGCUGCAGGAAAAGUUCUACCAAAUCUAUGACAGCACCGAUUCUGAAAAUGAUGAAGAUGGUAACCUGUCUGAAGACAGCAUGCGCUCGGAGAUUCUGGACGCCAGGGCCCAGGACUCGGUGGGGAGGUCAGAUAAUGAGAUGUGCGAGCUCGACCCGGGACAGUUCAUUGACCGAGCCCGAGCCCUGAUCAGGGAGCAGGAAAUGGCCGAAAACAAGCCCAAGCGAGAAGGUAACAACAAAGAGAGAGACCACGGGCCAAACUCCUUACAACCAGAAGGCAAACAUUUGGCCGAGACCUUGAAACAGGAGCUGAACUCUGCCAUGUCGCAAGUUGUGGACACUGUGGUCAAAGUCUUCGCGGCCAAACCCUCCCGCCAGGUUGCUCAGGUCUUCCCGCCUCUCCAGAUCCCCCAGGCCAGAUUCGCAGUCAACGGGGAAAACCACAACUUCCACACCGCCAACCAACGCCUGCAGUGCUUUGGUGACGUCAUCAUUCCGAACCCCCUGGACACCUUUGGCAACGUGCAGAUGCCCAGUUCCACAGACCAGACAGAAGCACUGCCCCUGGUGGUCCGCAAAAACUCAUCUGACCAGCCUGCCUCCGGCCCCCCCGCUGGCGGCCACCACCAGCCGCUGCACCAGUCGCCUCUCUCCGCCACCGCGGGCUUCACCACGUCCACCUUCCGCCACCCCUUCCCCCUUCCCUUGAUGGCCUACCCGUUUCAGAGUCCAUUAGGUGCUCCCUCUGGCUCCUUCUCGGGAAAAGACAGAGCGUCUCCUGAAUCCUUAGACUUAACUAGGGAGACGACGAGUCUGAGGACCAAGAUGUCAUCUCACCACCUGAGCCACCACCCUUGUUCACCAGCACACCCACCCAGCACCGCGGAAGGGCUCUCCUUGUCGCUCAUCAAGUCCGAGUGUGGCGAUCUUCAAGACAUGUCCGAAAUCUCACCUUAUUCGGGAAGUGCAAUGCAGGAAGGAUUGUCACCCAAUCACUUGAAAAAAGCAAAACUCAUGUUCUUUUAUACCCGUUAUCCCAGCUCCAAUAUGCUGAAGACCUACUUCUCCGAUGUAAAGUUCAACAGAUGCAUUACCUCUCAGCUCAUCAAGUGGUUUAGCAAUUUCCGUGAGUUUUACUACAUUCAGAUGGAGAAGUACGCACGUCAAGCCAUCAACGAUGGAGUCACCAGUACUGAAGAGCUGUCCAUAACCAGAGACUGUGAGCUAUACAGGGCUCUGAACAUGCACUACAAUAAAGCGAAUGACUUUGAGGUUCCAGAGAGAUUCCUGGAAGUUGCACAGAUCACAUUACGGGAGUUUUUCAAUGCCAUUAUCGCAGGCAAAGAUGUUGAUCCUUCCUGGAAGAAGGCCAUAUACAAGGUCAUCUGCAAGCUGGAUAGUGAAGUCCCUGAGAUUUUCAAAUCCCCGAACUGCCUCCAAGAGCUGCUUCAUGAGUAGAAAUUUCAACAACUCUUUUCGAAUGUAUGAAUAGUAGCAGUCCCCUCUGGAUGUCCAAGUUCUACGUGUCUAGGUUUUGAUUUCAUAUAUAUGUGUGUGUGUGGGAGGCAUGGAUGUGUUAUGAAAUCAGCUGGGAAUUCCUCCUCAUCACCUUUCUCUCGACUUCUUUUGUUUUCCAUUGCAAGGGGAUGGUUAUUUUCCUUCUGCCUUUAGUUUACUUUUGCCCAAGGCCCUUAACAUUUGGAGACUUAAAAUAGGGUUAAUUUUCAGGGAAAAAGGAAUGUUGACGUGUGUAAAGUUUAUAUUAGCAAGGAAGGGCAUUCGUUAAAGAUGCUUCUGCCUGACGGAUGGUAUAUUGUGAAUGGCGGUUGGCAGAGGGGGACCCACGACACAGCACAGCUCUACGGUGAUGUGUCUCUUGUUUUUACUGCUAAGAAGGUUGGAAAACUCAAUGAAACCACUUCAUACACUUAACUCUUUGGUUUAAACUCAGUAAGUAGCUUUUUAUUUCAUGUUUAAAAAUAACGCCAAUGGCAGAUGAAUAACUUAUUUUUAAAGUACCGCAAAAGGCCAAAUUUCAAAAAGAAAAAUAAUCACUGUCAAGCCUUUCCUAAGAGAAAUGGCAGAUACCCCAAACUAGUACCAACUUCUCAUGGAGGCAAAGCAAUUUUUUCACAAAACUGACUCUUCUAAGAUGAGACUGGAAAUUCAUCCAUGAUCCUCUAGUCACCUCUCUAAAUUUUCCAAUAGGUUCUUCUUCAUAAUAAGUGAGUCUAUAUCAUUCUUCAUAGCAAAAAGCCCCUGUAACUUGUUAUCAUUUUCUAUUUAUCUUGCUUCAGAUAUUAAAAGGCACAUAAGUUUCAAAUUUACUCUUUGCUCAAAUUUGUUUAUAUGCUUACAAGAAUUAUUAUUUCUGUUUACUAUUUAACACUUCCACCCCCCCCCACCCCCCCAAAAAAACCCACUAUUUUCUGAAUAUCUUCCUAUAGUCAGGAACAAAGGACAUCCCCACUUGACCAUAAAUUUCCUGCUUACGCUAGAAGUUUGUUGACAGCCAUUAGCUGACUUGAUCUUCACCUCCUGAGAGGAGCGUGUAUGAGAAUGACCUAUUUUCAUAUACAAUUCCACACUACCCUGAUGGAUAGUUCACAGCGGUGACAGUCUAAUUAAGUGUUUCUUCAUUUUAGGUGUAGCAUUUUAAAGCAAUUGAUAAAAUCUCUUCUAAUUCAGAAGCUAGUAUUGACCAAAAUGGGAGAAGAGUGUAUAGCAUAGCAAAGUUUGGGGAUCAACCCAAAAGACACAAUUUUAGCACACAUAAGAAAGCUAGCUGCUACUUUAUGCUUUCUUCGAUGGUUCUCCUCUUUUUUUCUUUUUCUCUUUUUCCAGUUUUUCAAAGGUAGACAACGUCCCAUAUUUGCUCUUAAAAAGUCGUGUGGCAUUCACACUUGUUUUCUUAGAUGGAUUUCGUGUGCAGAUGCAGUAAGAAUUCCUUGUUCACUCUCAUAGGUUUUUCCUGACCCUCCCUUCCCCUUAAGUAAUUUGAUUUGAUAUACACCUCCUAAAAUGACACAGUAACAGACUCGGUAUUUAGAUCAUAGAGAACAUAAAUACUAUUUUUCCUUCAAUUUUAUAAAAAUCCAUCUGACUUCGGAGAAUGCAGGUCGACCCACGUGACUAACCAGCUGACCCAAUCGCUGUAAUUUAACAUCGUUUAUAAAUUCUGCUGAUGGACAGGAAUGUAUGAAGGCAGUUAUUGUCAGCACAAAGCCUUAAAACCUGCUGACUUUAAACGAAACAGCACAGUCCUCUGAUGGCCCGCAUCACUGAGGAAACUAGCCAGCCCCCGCAGUGUAGACAGAGCACCGUGGCGUGGGCUGGAACACCACCGGUUUCGCUCUGCGCCCACAGACACAUCACGUGGCUUGCACUGUCUUCCACAACGCACCCAGAGCCAUCAGAUCCGAUUUGUUCUUGGUCCAGCUUGCUCGAGGAAAAAAAAAAAAAGUUCAGAUAAUCAUUACCUUGGAAUAAAAUGCGAACCAAAAAAAAAAAAAAAAAUUCAAUCAGCAUAAG